AUGGUGCAGAAAUCUAAGGGUUUAGGGUCAAUUUCCUAUUUAGAAGGAAUGACGCAAAAUCAGGUGCAGCACCAGAAUGCAGCGGCUGGGCCUAAUGUAGUGGUGGUGACGCCGGUUGCGGUCGCUUUGGGUGGAAGGGCCAGCCAGUUUCUAACGACUUCACUGUACAUGGGAGACUUGGAUUUCACUGUGACAGAUUCGCAGCUCUACGAUCUGUUUAACCAGGUCGGUCAGGUUGUUUUUGUUCGGGUUUGUCGUGGCCUCAACACUCGGCGCAGCCUUGGCUAUGGUUAUGUGAACUAUAGCAGCCCCCAGAAUGCGGCAAUGGCUAUGGAGGUUUUAAACUUCACUCCUCUCAAUAACAAGUCAAUUAGAAUCAAAGGCUCUGCCAGUGUGCAGUGGCUCUGGGGGUGGGUGGGUUUGACUGUGUUUUUGUGUUCAGAUCUGGUUGGUGGUGGUGGUGACGUGGUGAUGUACUCGUGGUGUUGUGGCAGUAGAUGUGACGAUGGCGGAGGUCUGUGA